UUCUUUUGCUUCCUUAUUUCUAGUUAAUUUUGAGUUUACCACAAAAACAUAAUAAACAGCUGAAUUAUAUAUUAUGGUUUUGUUUAUGCUGUAUUAUUACCAUAUGUUGUAAUUGUAUCCUGAAAUUUUCAGUAUUGAGUUCUCUUUUAAGUUUAGCCGUUUUGUUUGAAGUAUGUCCACGUGGUUAAGCUUCUAAGAUCGGUUUGAAUAUUGUAGAAUAAAUUUGACAGGGCCCAGAAGUUUCUUUGUAGUUGUUGUUGGGAAUUUAGUAACUCAAUCGACAAGAGGAAACAAUUCUCAUAGAGAAUUUUACUAGCGGAAUAAUUGCAAAUGGUGGAAACCGUUUCUUGCCUGAAAUUCAGAUUAGUAUGUGUAAUUGAACUAGGUGGGGGCUUAAGGGAAUUAACUUUUCAUAACUUCUGUUAGAAAAAUAUAAAGAUAAAUGUGUAGCAUUUGUUAGACAGCAGGGUGUGUAUGCACCAGCUGAGGUACUGGUAGUGGUAUGGACUGUGUACACUUUACUCUCCUCGGACUCCACUUUAUAGGAAUAUUUUGAGUAUGUUGUUGUUGUUGGUGGUGGUGGUGGUGGUGGUGGUGGUGUGCAUGCAUCAGUUUUUAACGAGGGAUAUAUUGCUCUAAAUCACAAAGUUGAGGGGUACGUCUAGCUUUUACUUGAGUACUUAAUCUUCUGAAGUAAUCAAAUAAACGUGGAUAUUUGACUAGUGAUCGACACCUAAUGGGGACUGGGGAAGAGAGCACCCCUACAAAGCCUUCGAAAGCUACUUCAACUCAGGAGGCACAAUCUACACCUUCAUAUCCUGAUUGGUCUUCUAUGCAGGCUUAUUAUGGUGCUGGAGCUGCACCUCCCUUCUUUCCCUCAACUGUUGCUUCUCCUACUCCUCACCCAUACAUGUGGGGAAGCCAGCAUCCGCUUAUGCCUCCUUAUGGAGCUCCAGUCCCAUAUCCUGCUUUAUAUCCUCCUGCUGGAGUUUAUGCUCAUCCUAAUAUGCCCAUGACUCCAAACACACUGCAGACAAAUCCAGAAUCAGAUAAUAAGGCACCUGAUGGUAAGGACCAGAAUACAAGCAAAAAAUUGAAGGGAAGUUCAGGCGGCAAGACAGGAGAGAGUGGAAAAGCGGCUUCUGGUUCUGGAAAUGAUGGUGCCCGAAGAAGUGCUGAAAGCGGAAGUGAAGGUUCAUCACAUGAUAAUGAUGAAAAUGAUAACCAUGAAUUUUCUGCAGACAAGAGUAGAAGCUUUGAUCUAAUGCUUGCUAAUGGAGCCAAUGCUCAGAACAAUCCUGCAACAGGGAAUCCAGUUGCUAUGCCAGCAACUAAUCUGAAUAUUGGGAUGGAUUUGUGGAAUGCACCAUCUGCGGGUCCUGGAAUGAUUAAAAUGCGAUCAAAUCAACCUGGUUUCUCGCCAGCUUCUGGGUUAGGACGUGAAUGGAUUCAGGAUGAGCGUGAACUUAAAAGACUAAAGAGAAAGCAAUCUAAUCGUGAAUCAGCUAGGAGGUCAAGAUUACGCAAGCAGGCUGAGUGUGAAGAGCUACAACAUAAGGUAGAGACAUUGAGCAAUGAGAAUCAUGGACUCAAAGAGGAGUUGCGUAAGCUCUCUGAGGAAUGUGAGAAGCUUACCUCGGAGAAUAAUUCGAUAAAGGACGAACUGACGAGGUUGUGUGGACCAGAGGCUGUGUCCAAACUAGAGAGUAGCUCUAAUGCCAUGCAUCUUCAGUCCAAUGUUGAGGAAGCUAACAGUUAAGGACAGGCCAUAACAGAGUAGCUGAUUUUGGUUAAAAACUUAAAAUGCUCACAAAUCUCUCACGGUCUGUGAGAAAUUUAUAGAUUUACCGUGCGUUAGAAUGAGAUAUCUAUGUUUUCUACUAAUGUAUGCCCUUUUAACCCUUGUGAGUGUAAUUUGUGACAUUAAUUCGUGGAUUUUUGACCCAGUGUUGAAUGUGAAUCUACGAGACUAUGACAACAUUGUAAAAGCAACUGAAUUACUGGAUCAUCGACCAUUAGGUUUUCUGGUGA